AUGAAUGAGGAAACUAUUUUAAAACUAUCCGUAGUUCUACUCUGUUUCCUUUCUCUGUUGCUGCCGCUUGUGUUGUUUCUGGUUGUCUGGUUGAGAAGAAUACAAAGCCGUGUAGACAGCAUAUCAAACGAGUGGAGCGUUCUUUGCAAACUAGCACCCAGCGAUGAACCUUUAACACCAGCAACAGAGACUCAACACGAAAUUCCGAACGCUCUCUCCGAUUCUUUGGUAAUUUUCAACCAACAAGCGGAAGGUUCCGACGAAAAUAACACUUGGAAACAUAUCCCCAGAGGUUUUGUUUAUUCACAUGUCUACGACGAUGAAGAUAGACCCCGUCCGGAUGAGGAACAAUCUGCUUGUCAGUCUCAAGAGGAUGCCAGAGAAGUAGACGAUGAAUCAAAUAGCCAAGAACAAGUAAUUCCGGAUACCUCGACCCCAGUGGCAUCAUACCUGCAAAUAGUGGAUGAAAAUCCUGCAAUUGUGGGAGUCUCUUUAAGUGAACGCCCCGCGACGGACGCGAAGCAAGAUAGAAAAAUUAUCUUCGUAAGUGCUGGCAGUACGGACGACUUAAAUCUCUUUGCAGACCACGAUGACUGUCAGGUAAAUGAGAAUACUGUAAUAGAGAUGGGUACAGAGAAUGGAAACGAUAUUCCGCAAAAUUCAGAGGCUAAUGAAACGGGUGAACUGGAAUUUGUGGUUUUGAUUGAGGAUACGAAACAAACAAAUGAAGUUUUAUUAGAACUACCAAACGUAACGAGCCCCCCUGCUGAAGAAGUGCAGAAUAGAACCUCAACUCAAGAAGGGCAGGAGGAAGACGCAGAGAGGAGUGACAAAAAGGUCCUAACUAAAGAGGGUUGCAGAAAUGCCUCAGAAAAUUACUACAAAGCACCAUCCACGUCUCUAGAAGAUGGUGUCGAGGUAAGCCCUCCAAUGGGCGAAAUUACAGAGAAAAGAGUCACGAGUGAAACUCGGCCUAAGCCGAAACCACGCCUCUCCAAGAAAAAGCACGGUAGAGUGAACUCCGCGGGAAAGGAGAAAAAGUUUAAUUCUUCACCUCAUGUAAAGAAUCCCAAUGAAGCUGAAUCCCAUUGCAACAGACCUGGCCAGGAGGCAGACCGAUGGAACGUACCUGUGAUUCUUGACGUUUGUGAUUCACAACAACUCGCCCAACAACACAUCGCAUCUUCCCCUAAAACAGCAGUUAAGUCCAAGAAAAACACCAAUGAAAGAAACAAUGCCCAAGUUGUUAAGGACGUGGGUCAUUCCGAGAGCAAGUCCAAGGUAAAUGAUGGGGAAAUUUCAAACUAUGAGUCAGUGGCUAUUGUGGAUUCAGGUAAUGAAGGCAAGAAAAUGCCCCCAUCGGCCAACACCCAAGAAGUGACGCGAAACAAUGAGUCAACUGGUGUCAUCUCUCAACUACGAGGCUUUCUUACGAACAGAGCAAGCGAGACUCAGAAACCUGAAAAAAGGGCUAAAACUGCUGUGAGACACAGCUACCCUGCUAAGAAACAAGGAAAUAUUAAUGAAGACUAUAGAGGAAAAGGAAAGACGGCUAAACGGAUGUCCUUUCCUCAUAAUCCCGAGGAUCUAAACCGACAUGAGCGAGGCGUCCUGAAGCAUGACAGGACUGUGCUUAGUGUUGCUCAAGAAAAAACGGGAGCAGCUUCAAAGAGCAAUCAAAAUUGCAACAAGCCAGGUAUUAGUGAAGGUGACACCUCUGAAUAUGAAAUGGUAGUUAAGUCAGUGGACGGUGGAAAAAAGGAACCGGUGACAGAUAAUGGUGACUCGUCAGAUAUAAUUUCCCAACUCCGAAGCAUUAUUCACAAAGGAAACACAGCUAGCGCUGGUAACCCUGAUCUGAAGCAUGAAAAUAAAUCCGCUGUUAAGAAUGAAGAACAUAAGCGCCAUGCGACAGCAGCAGGUCAAAAUAAUGAAAACACUCCUGAGCAAGUUUACUCCAACCUCGAUGAAGAAGGCAACGAAAUUUACAGCGAAAUACCCUUAAGUGCAUCGGAAACGAAAGCGGGAACUAUCAACAAUGAUCACGAGGAAGUUCACAAUUUAUCGGAACAAGAACCAUUCUACGUCAACCUUCCGUUCCAACAAGGGUUAAUCAACUAUAACGAUGGCCCUGCCCUGAAACCUGAUGAGCAUGAACCUCCAAUCUACAUUAAUAGCGACAUUAUUGAUAUUUAA